CUGGCUCUGCAUUCUGAGUAGCUCCAUCCCAUUUGAGACAGUGGAAGCUAAAGGUAAAAAACAAAAUGCAGACCUUUGUAAAUGUUUUUCUGGGAUUUUUUAUCUUUGAGUCUGUUGGAGCUGCCCCUAUCAGUGAUACCAUAAUUUAUGAUUCUGAGUUCUAUGACAUACCACUUGGAGAGCUGCCUCACCCAUUUGCCUAUGAUGAAAACAAGCAGUCUGACCAAGUAGAGACAGAUAUUGGGACAAAACUACAUUCUGUACUUCAAGAGAGUUAUUCUUCUGCACCAUUGACAGAAGAAACUGAGGAUGAAGCAUCAACACCAAAAUUAAUUGAUGGGUCUUCAGCACAGGGAUCAGGGGUUCUUGGACCCCAGACUCAAGAUGGUCUUCCCACUUGCCUUUUGUGUACAUGCCUAGGGACCACAGUCUACUGUGAUGAUCGUGAGCUUCAUGCUGUUCCACCAUUGCCUAAGAAAACCACAUAUUUCUAUUCACGCUAUAACAGAAUCAAGAAGAUCAGCAGAAAUGACUUUGCUAACUUAAACCAUUUAAAGAGGAUUGAUUUGACUGCAAACUUCAUAUCAGACAUCCACAAGGAUGCCUUCCGAAGAUUGCCCCAACUUCAGGAGUUGGUGCUCCGUGACAAUAGGAUAAGACAACUCCCUGAGUUACCAUCUACCUUAACAUUCAUUGAUGUUAGUAAGAACAGGCUUGGUCGCAGAGGGAUACCAAAUGAGGCAUUUAAAAAUCUGGAUGAACUGCAGCAUCUUUAUAUCACUGACAAUAACUUGGAUCACAUUCCAUUGCCACUCCCUGAAAGCCUACAAGCUCUUCAUCUUCAGAACAACAACAUUCAAGAGAUGCAUGAAGAUACUUUCUGCAAAAUGAGAGAUUUUACUUAUGUGCGUAGGGCACUUGAAGACAUCAGACUGGAUGGUAAUCCCAUCAACCUUAGCAAAACACCUUAUGCUUACAUGUGUCUACCCCGCUUGCCAGUUGGUAACCUCAUCUAA